UGACUCUCUCUGUUUCCUCUCUAUGAACCAGAGCUCUCUCUCUCUCUAAUGGCAGAGCUCAUACCCUGAACACAGAUACAGCUUUUACUCAUAAACAGAGACACACACACACACACACACUUUCUCUUUCUUUCUCUCUCUGUCUCAGAACCUCACAAAAAAUGAAACCCCACUACAGCAACCAACGCCGCUCUCUCUUGCUUUUGCUCUUGUUCUUGUUCUCCUUCUCUCUCCACCCUUUACCAUCUUCUUCUUCUUCUACCAGAGACCCCACCCAGCAACUGUUAAACUUCAAAGCCACUCUUCCGAACCCAACCCUGCUCCAGAACUGGCUUCCGAACCAAAAUCCAUGUUCAUUCACCGGGAUUACCUGCAACCAAACCUAUCUCACUUCCAUAGACCUCACCUCCAUCCCACUCGGCACAAACCUCACCGUUAUCUCAACCUACCUUCUCACCCUCGACCACCUUCAAGUCCUCACCCUCAAAUCAACCAACCUCACCGGUUCCGGUGCCGUUGGCCACAGUUCCAAGAGUACCUCCUCAUUAACAACCAUAGAUCUAUCUCAGAACACCAUUUCUGGGUCCUUUUCCGAUUUGUCCUUCCUGGCCUCAUGCUCCAACCUCCAAUCUCUUAACCUCUCCAACAACCUUCUCGAAUUCGAUUCUCCACCUCGCUGGAAGCUUGGCCUCAAUAUUCAAGUCCUUGACCUCUCUUACAACAAGAUUUCCGGUCCCAACUUUCUCCCUUGGAUCCUCAACGUCACACCUGGGUUGAACUACUUGGCUCUCAAAGGGAACAAAAUCACCGGCGAAACCGACUUCUCCGGCUUCACCACUUUGCAGCAUUUGGACCUUUCCUCCAACAACUUCUCCGUCGCCAUUCCUUCCCUCGGCGAGUGUUCUUCCCUCGAGUAUCUCGACCUCUCUGCCAACAAGUACUUCGGCGACAUUGCUCGCACUCUAUCACCUUGCAAGAACCUCAUCUACCUCAACGCUUCCAACAACCAGUUCUCCGGUACGGUUCCGUCUCUCCCCUCCGGUUCCCUGCAGUUCCUCUACCUCGCCGGAAACCACUUCCAAGGCCAGAUUCCGGUGACCCUCGCCGAUCUCUGCUCCACUCUUGUCGAACUCGACCUAUCCUCCAACAACCUCACCGGCUACCUCCCCGGCCAGUUCGGCGCGUGUUCCUCGCUUCAAUCAUUAGACAUAUCGAGCAACCGGUUCGCCGGGUCGUUGCCGAUUGAUGUGUUGACGGAGAUGAGUAACCUGAGAGAGCUCGCCUUGUCGUUCAACGAGUUCGUUGGGGUUGUACCGGACUUGCUUUCGCAGCUUUCAAGUUUGGAGUUGUUGGAUCUGAGUUCUAACAACUUGAGCGGUUCAAUCCCUAUGUCGCUGUGUGAAAAUGGUGGGAACAAUUUGCAGGAACUGUACCUGCAGAAUAACCGUUUAACCGGUUAUAUUCCACCCACGCUCAGCAACUGUUCCAACCUCGUUGCCUUGGACUUAAGUUUCAACUUCCUGACGGGUACUAUCCCUGCAAGUUUAGGGUCCCUUUCGAAGCUUCGUGAUUUGAUCAUCUGGUUGAACCAGCUACACGGGGAGAUACCCCAAGAGCUUAUGUACAUCAAGACCCUUGAGAACUUGAUCCUUGACUUCAACGACUUAACUGGGAACAUUCCUUCUGGGCUAGUCAACUGCACCAACAUGAAUUGGAUCUCCCUUUCCAACAACAGGCUCAGCGGCCAGAUUCCGGCGUGGAUUGGGCAGCUUUCAAAUCUGGCUAUCCUCAAGCUCAGCAAUAACUCGUUCUCCGGCGGAAUCCCGCCGGAGCUCGGGGAUUGCCAUAGCUUGAUAUGGUUGGAUCUGAAUACUAAUUUGCUCACCGGGCCAAUCCCUCCCGAGUUGUUUAAACAAUCCGGGAAGAUUGCGGUUAAUUUCAUUAGUGGGAAGACUUAUGUAUACAUCAAGAAUGAUGGUAGUAAGGAGUGUCAUGGUGCUGGGAACUUGCUCGAGUUCGCCGGGAUUAGUCAGCAGCAGUUGAGCAGGAUUUCGACCCGGAACCCUUGCAAUUUCACUAGAGUUUAUGGAGGUAAGCUGCAGCCAACGUUUAACCAUAAUGGUUCUAUGAUCUUUUUGGAUAUUUCACACAACAUGUUGUCUGGGAGUAUUCCCAAGGAAAUUGGGGUAAUGUACUAUUUGUAUAUCUUGAAUUUGGGUCAUAAUAAUAUAUCUGGAAACAUUCCACAAGAGCUUGGGAAGAUGAUCAAUCUCAACAUACUUGAUCUCUCCUACAAUAGGCUCCAAGGCCAAAUUCCACAAACAUUGACGGGGCUUUCAUUGCUCACUGAGAUUGACUUGUCAAACAACUACCUGACCGGGAUGAUUCCGGAGUCCGGUCAAUUUGAUACUUUUCCAGCUGGCAGGUUCCAGAAUAACUCUGGUCUCUGUGGAGUUCCUCUGUUGAACUCGUGUGGGACACAGUCAGGAGCUAGUGCAAAUGCCAUAAAUCAGAAGUCUCAUAGGAGACAGGCAUCUCUUGCGUGGAGUGUGGCUAUGGGAUUGCUACUUUCGCUCUUCUGUGUCUUUUGUUUGAUUAUAACUGCCAUUGAGACGAGAAAGAGGAGGAAGAAGAAGGAAGCUUCCCUUGAUAUCUACAUUGAUGGUAAUUCUCAUUCCGGAACAGCCAAUGCCAGCUGGAAAUUGACCAGUGCCCGUGAAGCACUUAGCAUAAACCUUGCAACAUUUGAGAAGCCUCUAAGGAAGCUCACUUUUGCAGAUCUUCUUGAAGCUACCAAUGGCUUCCACAAUGACAGUCUUAUUGGUUCCGGCGGUUUUGGCGACGUGUACAAGGCUCAGUUGAAGGAUGGAAGUGUUGUGGCCAUCAAGAAACUCAUACAUGUCAGCGGACAAGGGGACAGGGAAUUCACUGCUGAAAUGGAAACAAUUGGGAAAAUCAAGCACAGGAACCUUGUUCCCCUUCUGGGCUAUUGCAAGGUUGGAGAAGAAAGGCUCUUGGUUUAUGAAUACAUGAAAUACGGGAGCCUAGAAGAUGUUCUGCAUGACCAGAAGAAAGCAGGGAUAAAGCUGAACUGGGCAGUGAGGAGGAAAAUUGCCAUUGGUGCUGCAAGGGGAUUGGCUUUCCUUCACCACAAUUGUAUCCCGCACAUCAUUCAUAGAGACAUGAAGUCAAGCAAUGUAUUGCUUGAUGAGAACCUAGAAGCCAGAGUCUCUGAUUUUGGAAUGGCUAGGCUUAUGAGUGCUAUGGAUACCCAUUUAAGUGUCAGCACACUAGCAGGCACCCCUGGCUAUGUUCCUCCCGAAUACUAUCAAAGCUUCAGAUGCUCCACUAAAGGUGAUGUUUAUAGUUAUGGUGUUGUUUUGCUGGAGCUGCUAACAGGGAAAAGGCCAACGGACUCGGCUGAUUUUGGUGAUAACAAUCUUGUGGGAUGGGUUAAACAACAUGCCAAACUGAAAAUAAGUGAUGUUUUUGACCCUGAGCUCAUGAAAGAAGACCCCACUCUGGAGAUUGAGCUUUUACAGCAUUUAAAGGUGGCUUGUGCUUGUUUGGAUGAUCGACAUUGGCGGCGUCCUACCAUGAUUCAAGUCAUGGCAAUGUUCAAGGAAAUCCAGGCGGGGUCCGGCAUGGAUUCUCAGUCUACCAUAGCCACCGAGGAUGAAGGUUUCAAUGCAGUUGAAAUGGUAGAGAUGAGCAUUAAAGAAGCCCCUGAAUUAAGCAAGAAUUAGGCGACAAAUUCCGGACACUUCAAGAGGUUCUUUGGGAAAAAGACAGGAGGAAAAGGAGGAGGAGAUGACGCAUCCAGCUCCCCUAAAGUUUUUGUCCUUCUUCUUUUGCUGGUUCAAAUUAUUUCAGAUAUAUAAGAGGAAACGGUUAAAAGGGGAUUGCUUACCUGGGUCUUUGAUGUAUGUAGUUCUUGUUAUUUUUAUACAUAAAAAAAAGUUGUUUAACUUGUAUAUAAACAGCUUCAGUUGUUACUACCUAUGUUUCCUAGAAAUUUCAAAGUACUUCUCAUUCAGAUAUAAUCUUGAAAAGAUUCUGUUUGAAUCUGCGACCCCAGUGAUGGUGACUAAGUGGAGGAUC